CAAAGUCGGUGCGAAUCGGCGGGUCACAAGCUUCCGCUGCUGCAGAAGCUCUGUCUGUCUCGGCAGAGAUGGCUGUGGUCCUACUCCUGCUCAUCCCUCUCCCCUUUCUCCUGUACAUCGCUGCGCCCCAAAUCAGGAAAAUGCUGUCCAGUGGAGUGUGUACAUCAACCGUCCAGCUUCCUGGGAAAGUAGCUGUGGUCACUGGAGCCAACACAGGCAUUGGGAAGGAGACAGCCAGAGAGCUGGCUCAAAGAGGAGCCCGGGUAUAUUUAGCUUGCCGGGAUGUACAAAAAGGGGAAUUGGUGGCCAAAGAAAUCCAGACCAAGACAGGGAACCAGCAGGUGUUGGUGCGAAAACUGGACCUUGCUGAUACUAAAUCUAUUCGAGCCUUCGCUAAGGGCUUCUUAGAAGAGGAAAAGCAGCUUCAUAUUUUGAUCAACAAUGCAGGAGUGAUGAUGUGUCCCUACUCCAAGACAGCAGAUGGCUUUGAGAUGCACAUGGGAGUCAACCACUUGGGUCACUUCCUCCUGACCCACCUGCUGCUAGAGAAAUUGAAGGAAUCGGCCCCAUCAAGAGUAGUGAAUGUGUCUUCCUUAGCACAUCACCUGGGAAGGAUCCACUUCCAUGACCUACAGAGUGAGAAAUUUUACAGUGACGGUUUGGCCUACUGUAACAGCAAGUUGGCCAACAUUCUCUUCACCCAGGAACUGGCCCGGAGGCUGAAAGCAACAUCAAGUCCUGUCGUUUCUCUACCUGUCACCCCCCGACCAGGCUCUGGGGUGACAACAUAUUCUGUACACCCUGGCACAGUCAACUCUGAAUUGACUCGAUACUCAUCUUUCAUGACGUGGAUGUGGUGGCUUUUCUCCUUCUUUUUGAAGACCCCUCAGCAGGGGGCCCAGACCAGCCUGUACUGCGCUAUAACGGAAGGCCUUGAGAUUCUGAGUGGGAAACAUUUCAGUGACUGCCAGGUGGCCCGGGUCUCUGCCCAGGCUCGAAAUGAGACAGUAGCACGGCGGCUGUGGGAUGUCAGCUGUGACCUCCUGGGCAUCCCACUGGACUGACAGGUGGUGGCAGCCAGACCUAAGAGCGGACUAUUCAGCACCUGCUGUCAAAGUGACUCUCCUUCUAGGUGGCCAAAAGGGAGCAAAACCUUCCAGCCUUGCCUGCUUGAUGUCCAGUAAAAGCCUGGUACACUGCCAGAUUUGUCUAAAUGCUUUUCAUUUGUCUAGGUUGAUUUUGCUCCUGAUAUUACCAGAGUUACUAGAGAUGUCAUAGGAUGAGAAAGCCCUCAUAGGACCUGCACAGCUCAUCUUUUCCAUCAGAAACCUACUACCUAGAAGAAUCCAAGCUAUGGGAGGGUUGACUCAUGGGAAUUUGGACUAGUUUCUACCGUCUUUAUUCACUAUGUAGUCCCUGCCAACCAGUCAAUCUUCACUUCAAGAGAGCCACACUGCAGCCUCAGCUCAACCCCAGGAGUCACAGUGGCUUGGCUAAAGAAUAGGGAUUAUCUCUCACCUCUUUAAUUAAACCGUCAUUGCACCAAUAUCUAGAGUCUUUCAGAAAACUCUUAACUGAAUCUGGAUUAAGGCGUGGCCUGAUCUCUGACAACCUGGAGCCACUCUUGUUAGGACACUUUCCCACAUCUACACUGUAGAACUGCCUUUUCUAAGAAGGUUGUGGGGUUUGGUUUUAAUUUGGGGGGUGGCAGAAAUAAAGGUAAAGUUUGGAAUGUCAGUCUCCUGCAGUUUCUCAGACCAGCAAGGAGAGGAUAAAGGGGACAGUAUGAAAAGACAGGCCACCUGAUUUUCGUUACUGACUCCUUUCUGUGCUUAGAAAACUAGAAGGAGGGAACGGAUAUUUGGUCAUUCUUAACUGAAUAUAUCUUUGUGUGUGUUCCUGUAUAACUAUGCAAUUGGGAGUAUUUUUGCAAAAUUCAAAACAGCCAUAGAGGAAUAGUAUUAAACUGGGCCCUGGUGCAGGUAAAUGAUCAGAGAUGGAGCAAACCACUUCAUUUGGUCUUCAAUACAAACGGGUAGAGCUGCAAAGCAAAGCAGGCCCUGCAUAUGUUGGUAACUACCUACGAGAAAAGCAAAUGGAUAACAGGAAAGAAGUCCAAAAAAGAAGCAUCCUGGGAGAUAAUGCAAGCAAUGGAGGGACUAAUUGAAGAUACAAAACAAACAAACAACAAGAACAAGAAAACGCUGUAAAAGAAUUGAGAGAGCACCUAAGUUAGCAAGACUGAUGAGGUGCUGUCUUAACUAGCACCAGUCAAACAGUGUGGCAGGAAAAAAACCCAAAACAAAACCAAAAAAAUACCCAAUUCCUAUACAGAAAAAUUAUCUUAAGAACUGGUACUGGUGACUACAUCCAAUUUUAGGACAUUUCCUUACAUUAUCUUGACAAGGUUAAAACGUCAAUUUGUUUAAAAAAAAAAUCUGUAUUUGGAGAACUUUUAUCAAAAGAAAUGCUGCCAAAGGAAGUCAGAGGAAUUGGUAAUGUUCCUAUCACUUGUUUGGAGUACGAUACUGCAAUAGAAUUUGUGACUUGCUUGGACUGAUAACUUAUAUGUUUAACUUUGGUGGAGGAAAAUAGUUAUAGGACCACAAUCUUCACUUCUUACUACAGUCAUGCACCACAUAAUGUCCAUUUGGGCAAAGUCCAACCACAUAUAUGUCCCAUAAGAUUAUAAUAGUUCAGAAAUCCCAAUCGGAGAACGGGACGUAGCAAACAUAACUGGACAUAGCCAGUGCAACAGCUUACUGCACACAGUGUGUAUAUGGCAUGUCUCUUGUACAUAAAGCAAUUGUGCUGCCAGGUGUAUAAUGGUACAGUGCAUAUAUAACCUCUAAUACAUGUUUUGAUAGUCAUAGUAAAUGCCUAUGUUAGUGGCUUAUGUAUGUACUACACUGUACUUUCUAUCAUCCCUAGGUUAUAAACAACCCCUGUAAAGCCUAUUAUAUUAAAAAUUUGAGGUACACAGUGAUUCGUAAUAACACAUGGGUGCUACUUUGCAAUGCACAUCAAAACAUUACUAUUACUCUAUUGUUAUGUUAAAGAUGUUUUAGUGUAUCUGGAAGUGUUUCUUUAAUGUUUUUUAUCCAUAGAAAGGUAGACUAUAUAUUAUGACAAACACUUGACUAACUGAUGUUAGAUACAAACCAUAACUAACCGUUCCAACUUAAUGUACAAAUUUGACUUUAAGUUGUACAAAUUUAACUUAAAGACACUUAGGAACGGAACUUGUUUGUAAUCCGGGGACUGCCUGUAUAUAAUACGGUGUUCACACAGUGAUCAAAUCACAUAACAUCCUAUUGUAUCAUGGGUGUAAAGUGAUGCAUGACUGUGUUUGUAAAUUAAUAAUUUUUGGUUGAAAUUGUUUUGAGACCAUUGAACUACAUAAGUAGAAAGGGUCAUAUUAUGGAAAAGCUAGAAAUCUUUUGAUGAUAGUGUAGUAGAAUAACUGAAUUAAUAUCUUAUUUAUAUUGAAUGGUCAGUGGCAAAUAAAAAUUUUUUGAUUA